GGAUUUUUACAUAGCAAACAUAGCAUAGACGCCCCAUAGAUGAAAACAAAAUGAAAUAAAAAGAUACUACCCAUCUGCCAUGAUGACCGCUGCUAUCCCAAAAGCCGAGACGACGCGCAAUGCCAAAAAGAAUGUUCCACCAUGGGUAUCGCUACUCUCUGGUGCCACAGCAGGAGCUGUUGAAGCUACUAUCACAUACCCGUUUGAAUUUGCCAAAACUAGAGCGCAGCUCCGCUCGCAGCAAGGCGCAACAGCACUCCCCAAGAAUCCACUGACACUUAUUUAUCAAGUCGCCAAGGUUGAAGGGCCGGCAGCAUUGUACACUGGUUGCUCAACACUAGUAGUGGGAACAGCUGUAAAAGCUGGCGUCAGGUUUUUGUCUUUUGACAGCAUCAAAAACCUUCUGUCUGACGAGAAUGGCUCUUUGUCAACAGGCCGAGGAAUUCUCGCGGGUAUGUGUGCUGGUGCUACCGAAAGUGUGUUAGCUGUAACUCCUACUGAGCGCAUUAAAACUGCAUUGAUUGAUGACGCAAAGUCGGCCACCCGGCGAUUCAAAUCCAGUUUACAUGCUACGAGAAUAUUAAUACAAGAAAAUGGGUUGACAAACUUAUACAAAGGCGGCGUGUCUACAACAAUGAAACAGAUGGCCACUUCUGCGGUUCGUAUGGGGUCAUAUAACUUUUUGAAAGAGACCUCCCAGAGGUAUGACGUACCAAAAACAGCAGUGACGACAUUUGGUAUGGGCGCGCUGGCUGGAACUAUCACAGUAUAUGCUACGCAGCCAUUUGACGUGGUCAAAACUAGAAGCCAGAGUGUCCAGGGAGCGCCUUUCAAAGAGGCAGUAAGCGGGAUAUAUCAAGAUUAUGGGCCAAGAGGCUUCUGGAAGGGGAGUACAAUGAGGCUUGGUCGACUGAUAUUGAGUGGCGGUAUUGUAUUUAGUGUCUACGAACAAGUUGCCGCGGUUCUGAUGGGUGUAAAAGAAGAACCGUGAAAAAGUUUGCUCUUAUGAGAUAUCAUUAACCUUGAGACCAAAACUAUUAACCAAAAAUUACAUAUCAAUUUAUAAAACAGUUUAUGCAUCUCUGACAA